AUGUCGCGGUUGGGGUUGUUGACCUCUUACCUUCCCAAGCUCACAUCCCGCGCAGAUUCGCACACGUCGUCCUCGGAAGCAUUUCACAAACCAAUCCCGGACAGCUCGACCUCGUCAUCCACAUCGCCCACCAGCACCGUCCCGACCAUGGCCACAAGUACGGCCAGGACCAGCGAGGCCUCUGAGUCGUCGAGCCGACUCGGGGCCGGCACCGAGUCCAGCUGUCUCUCACCCAUCGACGCGGGUUCUCCCUUUUCGGAACAAGGCGGCUUCUUCGAGCGCUCAACCUCGAAGCUUCAGAAGGCGCCACCAGCCAUGCCGCUCUCUCCACCACCGCCGCCUCCCACGGCCCGUCCCGUGCCAAGUAGGACACCGCCCCGGAUCCCGGACAUCACUGGGACCGACGCGACACCGACGCCUCCGACAGAGAGCGGGCCCGGUGACAGGAGCCGCUCUCCCGAUCGGCCGCCGACGAGGGCGAAGCUGCAGCCGGCCCGCCUCCAGACGACGCGGCUUCCGUCUCCGGCCCCAAAUCCUCGCGGUCGUAGUGUGUCCGCACAGCCCCCGCCAGCAGCCCGUGGAAUGUCUGUAGAAGGCUCGCGGGCGGUGUCCAGUCCAGUCAGCGACUCGUCCCGCUUGAAGCCUCCCAGCGAGGGCAGUCCGCCUGCCGCGUCGGAGAGGAAGAAGAGGAAGAGUUGGUUCCCCGGUAUCCGGUCGAGAGCCAAUUCGGACGCCAACAAGCCGAAAGGACACGCCGCGUGGAUCUUGUCCCCCGACAACCAGCUCGAGUAUAACACGACACCGCUCGUGCAUGGCGAAAAGGUGCCCGAGCUGUGGAAUGAGUCCGGCAAUGUCUACGUCUAUCUCCACCCGAAAGAUAGCGGCCGCGGGCCGUGUUUCAAGGUGGCCGAUCACAUGUUCAGUCUGUCGGGCGUGCUAAACGAGCUGCUGGUGUCGGAGAUGAUGGCGGGGAUGUCUCACGACGCUGGCUACGCUGAUGUCGCACCGGAGGCCGGUCCCGUGACCGAAGGCCACCUGUACCUCCCCCUGGAGAACACCGAUCUCGGGCAUCUUGUUGCAGCGCGGAACCUGUUCGCCCUCUUGACGCACCAGCCUCUCGUGGGGACGCCCGAGAAUCCGACUUACUUCUCGGCCAUUCUGCAGAUCGCCGGCCUGCUCCGACGGUUUAAUUUCAGCAGCUAUGAUGGCUCCUCGUUUGGCGAGUCGGUUGACGCAGCGUUCGACUUCUUCGUGGACCAGGUCGGCCUGGCCGAUGUGCGCCACAGCCGGGAGAAGACGCUGGAGGCGCUCAUCCUGGCCGAGCAAAUGAAGUCGUGGAACCUCUACAACGAGGCCUUCGUUCAUGCCGUGGGCAAGUAUGAAUCGCUCAUGGAGCUGAAGUCGCCCCUCUACGAGAGGAUCUCGGUCAACACGCGCAAGCGCCUGGAGCGCGCCCACUUGGACUUGGCCAACAGACAGGCCAGUCUGAACACACGGCUCGAGGCCUUCGAGUUCCCCUCGCUGUUCGCCGGCACCGCCAGCUCGACCUCGAUGGAAGAGUACAAGAGCGUCAGGUUCAAGGAAUGGAGGAACUCGUACAGCAGGAUGAGGAGCUUUGUCCUCAGCUACUACAAAGAUCUGUUCGGCAACUGGCCGCCCAGGGCCAGGAGCCGCAAGAACUACUUCUCCCAGAGUGGGCUCAACCGGGAGUGUCUGAAGAUCCUCUACUCGGAUUUCUGCGCCCUCUAUGACCUCCUGGUGGACCGGCACGCGCUGACACCCCGCGUUAUCGGCGAGACGUAUGACCAGCCUGACCAGGAUGCCAAGGAUUCCAAAGACUCCAAAGAGUCCAAGGAGAAGAAGCUCGGCGAGGCCCAGAUAUCGGCGCUUCGCAAGGUGCUCAGCGAGUUUGAUAAGUCCUCACCCCCUGUGCUACCUCCGAUCCCGUUCGAUGUCCCCAAGAUCCCGAGCAUGACCGCCAUCUACGAGAACUACAACGAGCUCCCCGCCAAGAAGCAGGCCAAAUACAGCAGAUCCAUACGGCCGCACGAGCUCCAGCUCAUCCUCCUCAAAUCCCGCAACAUCGACACGGACGCCCUGCAGUUCCCCUUCCUGCUCGCCUACAAGGACUUCGAGCUCAGAGAAGCCAAGGGUGUCAGCCCGCAGGACCUGGCCGACCAGCGCCUCGGCUACUGGCUGUUUCUCUACGUCGUGCUACAAUCCCUUCCCAUGCUCGUCGUCGACGCGCCAGGGCUGCGCUACACCGAAGGCGUGGAGGACUUCCUCUGCGAGGCGCCGCAAGGCAACCCGCCCUGGACCGAAGAAGCCGGCGAGGUCCGCAAGAUCUGGUACCAGACGGCCGACCAGAACAUCGUCGAACUCUCGGCCGACGUGGUUAUGUUCUCGGUCGAGGGCAUCUACAUGCGAUCGCACUGUUGGCUGGCCGCGAAGGAAUGGGAAGCCGCCCUAGACGACAACAUUGCCAACGGCAACGGCGCCAUCCCUCCCUCGUCGCUCCCUCCCCCUGCCGCCCCGCAGCUACCCGACCUGCAGACCUCCCCCUUGCAGCCCCCGCGCCCGGCGUUCCGGGACAUGGACCCAAUGAUGAACAACAGCAACCCUCCGAGCCGCUCCCAGAGCCCCGCCAAUUCCGGCUCGCCCUCCAACUCCCCCCACCUGCGGCCCUCCAACGGCUCUCCGCACCUGCGCCCCCGCAGCGGAUCGGUCAACGACCGUGCCCGCCAGGCCUUCCGCGCCAGCAUGGCCAUCGGCCUCGAGCCGCUGCCUUUGCCCCCGCCGGCCGGCGUGCACCACUUCGACCGCACCUCGCGCGUGCUCAGCUCCGGGUCCCUCGCGAGCAUGAGCAUACGGAGCCGCAACGGCAGCCCGGGACCGGGACCGGGGAGCCCCGUCGUAGGGCCGGGCAGCCCCGUGUCCGGCGGGCCGUGGGAGGGAUACCAGCUUGGCCUGCGAGCUAGUCGCUCGGCGGUCAAUCUCAAUGGUGCAGGCGCUGGUGGGGGUGGGAGUGGGGAGCUGUUCCUGAAUGCGGCGCAGCAGCAGCAGCAGCCGCGGAAGUCGAGCUACGGCGGCUUUCCGGGGUCGGGGCCGGGGCCGUCGAGUCUCGGACCUGGUGCUGGUGCUGGUGCACAUCAUGGCGCGAGUGACUCUAAUGGGGGCAGCACGUUUGAUGAUAUCCUGAAGGGGAUGGAUAACGGGAAGAAGAAGAAGAAGAGCUUGUUCUUUUGA